AUGGCCGCCUCGGUUCUUGGACAAUCAGCAAGGCGGGGCUGUUAUAAUAAAAUUGUCGCCAAUGAAUAUCUAGUGGGAUUCUCUACGGGCUCGACGUCAAGAAGGAUUCUUACGUGUGAGAAGAAACCGUUGUUGACAACUACAUCAUCAUCUCCACCAUCAAUAUGUAAUCAUCAACCCCAUCGCCCAUUCAGCACUACUCGAAAUACAAGGCUAGCUUCACCCACCACUACAUCUCCAUCUCCAGAAGCCGAAUAUGCAUUCAACCCACCCCACGCCCGACCUCUCGACGGCAUCACCAUCGUGGCUUUAGAACAAGUCAUCUCCAUGCCCCUCGCCACACGCCACCUAUCCGACCUGGGCGCACGCGUCAUAAAAAUCGAACGCCCCGGCAUCGGCGAUUUCGUACGUCACCACGACAAACGCGUCCGCGACACGCUCUGCUCCCACUUCGUCUGGAUCAACCGCAACAAAGAAUCCCUCGCCCUGGACAUCAAAAAACCCGACGACAUGUCUCUCCUCCAUAAAGUCGUCACCGAAAAAGCCGACAUCUUCGUACAAAACCUCCGGCCAGGCGACGCCGCAAAAAUGGGUCUUGGAUAUGCCGACAUGAAGAAAUUCAUGAAUGAAGCGUAUCCCGGAGAAAAUCGCGGUGAUAAAUUAAUCUACGCGAGUAUUUCCGGAUAUGGCAAUCAGGGACCAUAUACGCAGAAAAAGGCAUAUGAUUUAUUAAUCCAAGCGGAAGCAGGCCUGCUAGAGAUUACGGGCACGGAAGAACAAAUGGCCAAAGUCGGGUGUUCGAUUGCAGAUAUUUCGGCCGGGAUGUAUGCCUACAGCUGUAUCAUGGCGGCGGUUCUCCAACGACAAAAGACAGGCAAAGGAUGUGAAAUCGACGUUUCCAUGCUUGAAAGUCUGGUCGAGUGGAUGGGGUUUCCCUUGUAUUAUGCCUAUGAAGGCCAAUCACGUGUGAAACGUGCGGGUGCCAGUCACGCCAGUAUUUACCCGUACGGUCCAUUUGCCACGGGUGACGGAAAGGGGAAUCCCAAUGGUGGAAAGGUGAUGCUGGGUGUGCAGAAUGAGAGGGAGUGGAAGAUUCUCGCGACGGAUGUGCUCAAACGACCUGACCUAGUGUCGAAUCCCAGAUUCAAGGAUACGGCUUCCAGGGCGCAGAAUCGAGAUGAGUUGGAAAAGGUCAUUGUGGAGGUUUUUAGUGCUUAUUCGCCUGAUCAGGUUACCGAUAUGUUGGAAACGGCGGGGAUUGCGAAUUCAAAGGUAAAUGAUAUGCCGGAUGUGUGGAAUCAUCCACAAUUGUUGGCGAGAGAUAGGUUUAGAGAGGUGGAUACGGAGGUUGGGAAGAUUAAGACUUUUUUGCCCCCGGGCUUCUCGGCACAGGUGGAGGCCAGGAUGGAGAGGGUGCCGACUAUUGGGGAGGAUAAUGAUCGGAUUAUUAAGGAGUUGGAAGAGGGGAGGAAGUGAGGAAGAAGAAGAACGAGAAGAGGAGGAGGAUGGGAGAGGGGAGAGGGAUUUCAGAUUUAUGGGUAGAAGUUGG